AUGAAGGUCCUAGCCCUCCUCGCUUGCGGUGCCAUCGUGCUCUCCUCCGUUCCGUCAGUGCUGGGCCACGGCUACAUCGCGCAGUUCAACUCGUCGGGCUACAACUCGCUGGGCCAGUUCAUCGAGACGAACCAGGUCCUGUACAGCGACGACAUCGACGCGCAGUGCGGCUACACCGUGUACGACGCCAGCGCGCGCCAGACGAUGCCCUCGACCAACCUCACGUACACAGGCUUCACCCACCCGGGCCCCUGCGAGAUCUGGUGCGACGACACCAAGGUGUACACGGACUGCGUGUGGCUUGACGGUGGCUCGGGCAGCGGCUCGGCUCCUUCGUCGGUGACCGAGACGGUCUCCUCUAGCGUCGCCACGGCUCCGCCCACGACGAGCAGCGGAUCAACGGCGACUGCGACAACAGCCUACCCAGACACUACAACUUCGUCGUCGACCACUAGUACCAGCACUGCAACGACUGUCCCAAGUGCCACGACGGCCGCUGCUUCGGCCAGUAGCAGCAAUGUGGCGGCAUCUUCCGCUUCCGCUUCGACAGCCGCUGAGGCUUCCACUGCCGACGAAGCUUCCACUGCGACUGAGGCCGAAACUACUGCGAGUUCGUCCGAGUCGGCUGCCACUGCGUCCAGCACCAGCACAGAGACGACGACAGACUCGACAACUGCGGCCACCUCGACCAGCUCCAAGUGCAGUCGGCGCGUGCGUCGCGACUAA